AUGGGAGACAGCGAACCUAGUGCCGACAGGGACACAGCUGUGAACGGUCCGAAGGUGGAAAAGAAAACCACACAGGAGAAAGGCACCACCACAAAGCCUUCUGAGGGCAACGAAACCCCCAAAGACCGAUCGGAGAGCUCAACUGGGUCGAAUGAUGUCACAGUCAAGACCGCCUUUCAAACGGUUGGUACAGAGAAACUGGACAAGACCGGCCAAGGGAAACCACCAACGUCUGCUAGCGAAGACAACCCAGACAAGAAACCUGCGUCUUCAUCGCCAAGUGCAGCAUCCAGCUCACCAAGUUCCGCAACAACAGGGCAAACCCUCACAAAUGGCGGAGAGGGGGAUGUCAAACCGAGCCGGAUCCACAGGUGGUUCGGGUUCUUCACAAAGAAGAACAGUGAGGCGACUGCGUCCGCUCAUGAAGGAGUUACCACAAAGCCUUUUGAGGAGACGAAGAAAGAAACAGUUGCAUCUGAUGACCAACAGGAGAGCCCUUCUGACAGAAAGGAGCCAGCACUUGCCCUGAAGUCCGCCUCUCAGACAGUAGAGGGACAGAAACCGGACAAGAGUGGCCAGGACGAGCCUAAGGUGUCCUCUAGCGGAGAUAACUCACAGUGCAAACCUGUGUCCUCAUCGACAGACAGUUCUGCAGCAAGCUCACAAACCUUAACAGCCACAAACAAGUCCCCUCACAAACGGAGAGGGUGAUGGUGAAAGAAAGAGUCAGGGCCCU